AUGCAGGAGGCCACCAUGCGGGAGGACUACCAUGCAGGAGGACUAUCAUGCAGGAGGACUACCAUGCAGGAGGACUACCAUGCAGGAGGACUACCACGCGGGAGGCAUGCAGUAGGCAGUAAAAGAUGGAGAAUCAUCAUUUUCGAACUUGGGGAACACCCUGGCGCGCUUGCCGCAGCAAUCAAAAUCGGAACCAAGAUGUUCCGUCUCCGAUGGGGACUUGGAUCUUAG